GAGAAUCAAAACAUUGAUCGUAUGUCACUUCACAACAACACUUCGACUUCGCUACGAGAUGCUUUGAACUUACCACCAGAAAUACUUUAAAAUGUCCAUAAACGUACCGUCCCUCGGUCUGAAUAAGAAGCCUACACUUCAGCUGGAGAGAGAAAAGUUGGAGAAAGAUCAGGCUGAGGCCAUCGCCAAAGCAACAAGUCCUAUUGAGACAGCUGUAAAGGAAAAACACAUUAGAAGUGCAAUAAUUGGAACAUGGCAAGAAAAGGGGGCAAGCAUCUUCUGGGCAUGUCUAGGAAGAAUGCCUCUUCCUUCCCAAGUCAUCAUGUGUUGGAAAGCAAUGUUUUUAGUUCACAAACUUUUGCGGGAAGGACAUCCUGCGGCUUUACAAGAAUCCUUCAAAUAUCGCCAGUUACUCAAGGACAUGGAGCAGUUCUGGCAACACUCUCCUAAAGGUGGAUAUGGGGUUUUAAUUUCCUACUAUUUGAAAGUACUGAUUGCAAAGAUAGAUUUCCACCAAAAGAAUUCAUUCAUCCCCGGAACACUAAAGAGCACUACAGGAGGUGAUAUCCAGUACCCCUCCACUAGCAAUGAUGACUACUUUCAGCUUGCUGUUGAACUCUUCGACUACAUGGAUACUCUAAUUGACCUGGAGAAAAAAAUAUUUGCUACCCUAGAUCGCUUCAGGUCCAACUCACAAAUCCAGGCAGUGCAGUGUAGAAUUUGCCCAUUUCCAGUAAUAAUCCAGGAAUGCUCAGGGCUUUAUGCUAUCUCCUUAGACCUAAUGCACCGUCUCCAUGCAGGUUUGCCUGAUGAGCUACUUGCUGCGCAUAGAGAACGCUUCUACCAGCAGUACAAAGACUUAAAGACAUUCUACUUUGAUGCUGGAAACAUGGCAUACGUGAAAGCCCUCUGUGUUGUCCCUUCACUGUCUGAGACACCUCCAGUUUUUGCUAAAAUGAGGCAGAGGUCCUCAAGUUUUGAAGCCCCCAGGCCAAAGAGAGAUGAAAGCAUUGAUCUGAAGCGGCAGAGUUUGAUGGAGCCCCUCGCAGUAGCUAUGAGUGAGCCUCUAACAAAUGAUGAGCCAGCUGCUAACUUUCUCGACCUUGAUGGCCCCCCACCUCCCCCUCGGUCAGAGAGCUUGCAUGAUGACAGAGAUACUCUCAUAGCCCAGCUAAGGAUGACGAUUGCAGAACUGAGACAGCAGCUUGACACACAGAAAGCUUAUUCAGACUCAGUUGAGGUGUCACUACGAGCUGAAAUUCAGAGGCUUGAGGAGCAGCUGGCUGAAUAUAAGCACAUUUCCGAACAAACUUGUGAGGAAAAUGUCACACUUAGAAAAGAGCUGGAAGAAAGGGAAGAGGACAAGAAAGGUGCUAGUGCUAGUGAGGAAAAAUUCAGCAAGCUAAAAACCAUGUACAGUAAACUACGUGAGGAACACAUCCAGUUGCUAAGAGGGAAUGCUGAAGUGAAGCAAAAGCUGAGUGUUUCCGAGAAGACUUGCACAGAGUCAUCUAAGCAAGCAGAGGAAUUACAGCAAGAACUUGAACAUAAGGCAGGAGAGUUACUUGAGGUGUACCAAAAAGCAGAAAUGAUGGAACAAGGCAAAAAGGAAGCAGAGGAGACGUUAGAAAAGUUAAAUAAUGACCUAGAAAUUAAACUCACAAGUCUGAAUGCAGAGCUCGAUAACUUGACUAAAUCCAAGAAACAGGAAGAAGAGGCCAGAAUAUCAGCGGAGGAGCUAGUUGAACAAACUCGCAAGGAGAUGGAAAUGAAGGUUGCUGCAUUAAAUAAAGAAAUAGAGUCCUUGUCUGAAAGUAAGGGAGAAACAGAACUGCAGAAACAAAGCUCUGAGGAAAACUUCAAAAGGGAACGGACGCAAAAUGAGCAGAAGAUUUCUGAGCUGAAUAUUGAAAUAUCAGAAUUAUCAAAGAAUUUCCAAGAAGCAAAACUACUAGCUGAAAAAACUAUUGAGGAGCUGAAGAGAGAGAAUGAGGAAAGGGUCUCAACUCUUACAAGUGAGCUAGAAAGCACCAUUCUUAUCAAGCAGCAGCAAGAAAAAGCAAGAUUAGCAGCUGAACAAUUGGUAAAACAGGAGAGAGAAGACCAUCAAAAUAAAUUAUCAGAUGAGAACCAGAGAAGACAUGAAGAUGAGGUCUACCUUGCACAUGCUCUGGUAACUUCGUCUGUUGAAGAAGGCAAGCGCAUCAUCCAGGACACAUUAGCCCAGUUUGACAAUCCUCACCACUCUUCAACAACAUGUACUGCAGAUUAUCUACUUAGUCGCUUACAUGGGACCCCAGAUGAUCUUGACAACAUGGUAACGACUUUUAAAGCAUAUCAGACAAACCACAGAGAUGUUAGCAAAUUCCUGACUAGCAUUGGCUCGUUCUCACACCACCUGGCUGACUGUCUAAUAAAUGCCAAAGCCACGUCACACAUGGCGCCGUCAAAAGAGGCAGAAGAACUGACAUCAUUCAGUGAGUUGUCAGGGAAGAAAUCACUAGAGCUUCUUGACCUGAUGAAGACAAAGGAUGCAGACCCAGAGGUUGUUGCUGCUAAUGUUGAUGAAGUAAAGAAGGGAAUAGAGGAAUUAUUACGUGUUUCCCAGGAACUUGCCCCCAAGGAGAAGGACAGUGCAGACGCUAUAAGUAAUGCUGUGGAUAAUGAGAUCAAUGCAACUGCAGAGCUUGUCGCAGAUGCUGCUGCUAGAAUUGAGGAAAUGUUAAACAAGACCCGGGAGAAAUACACUGGAGUUCAGCUAGAGGUCAAUGGAAGAAUUUUGGAUUCAUGUACUUCACUGAUGCAGGCCAUCAAGGUUUUAAUCUUGAAAUCCAAAGAUUUACAAGAGGAGAUCGUUGGCGUAGGGAAGGGUACUGCCACUGCAAAGGAAUUCUACAAGCGACAUCAUCGCUGGACUGAGGGUCUCAUCUCUGCUGCUAAGGCUGUUGGGUGGGGCGCUAAAGUACUGGUGGAUUCUGCCGACAAGGUGGUUCUUGGUAAAGGCAAAUUUGAGGAGCUUGUGGUGGCAUCUAAUGAAAUCACUGCAAGCACAGCACAACUGGUGGCAGCCUCACGUGUGAAGGCUCAUCGAGGCAGUAACAAGCUCCAAGCUCUACACGGGGCUUCUAAAGAUGUUGUCGAGUCUGCUGCUGGAGUUGUAGCUUCUGCAAAAACAGGAGCUGAGAUGAUUGAGGAUAGUAAAACAGUACCUGAUUACUCCAAGUUGACUCUAACCCAGGCUAAAAGACUAGAAAUGGAUUCCCAAGUGCGUCUUCUAGAGCUGGAGAGUAACCUUACCAAGGAGCGGGAAAAGCUUGGACAGUUACGCCGGAUCCAUUACCAACUGGCGGCAGCUGAGGAGGAAGAGUCAGCUUCGCAAGAUUGAUUGACAGGGAGCUCCUCAUCAUCUAGAAGUCAAAAGAAAUAAGCACUGGAUCUUCCCAGCUGUAGAGACUUCUAGGACUUCAUUUGAACAGGUCAGGCAAAGUUUAGGCUUUAUCUUGUAGAUUAUAGUGAAGAAUAGCUAAUGGUAUACAAGAUAUCCUGGAAUUUAGAGUGGGUCCCAGUAAAAUCGAGCUAGACUAUGGGAGAUUCAGAUGCAUAAAAUAUUGCAUGGUGGCUGGAUGGGGUUAAUGGUUUUUCACUGGAAGGGACCUAUUGAUGCUGUAAAAAUGGAUAUAUAUUUUUUUCACUAACUGCAUAAAAACACCACAAAUUUUAACAACUACAUCUAAGUUAAAAGAAAUAUGCAAAAACACGGAAAAUAAUGUUGAAAAAAAUCAAAGUGAUUGUCUGCAGAAACAGUACUGCACAUAAAAGUAUACACUUUGCAGUAAAGGGUUGGGAGGGGGGAGAGUUGAGGUUUGAGAUAUGGGGGUCCUCAAAUCCGAUGAUUGAUUUAAAAAAAAAAUAGACUCAUGCAUCUGCUUGGUUUUAUCUUAAUCUGCAUGAUAUCUAAGCCAAAAUCCAUCAUCAGCAAACCUAUUCACCCCCACACCCCCCCCCCCCCCCUCAGUGUAAUGCCCAAAAACCUGGCAUGAAUUCCACCUCCUCCCUUACUCAUACUUACACCUGUAACUUAAACAAAUCUAAAUUCAAAAAUUGCUUUCCAAAAUUACCCUUGUGACUACCCUUUAGUUUAAGCAUUGGCACAAGAAGCACUCCUUUUUUUUCGUUUUAAAAUUCAUACUUGCAUACAUACUAUGAACGGAUGAUCAUUUCUUGAACAAAAUGUUGAAGCAGAACAAAGCUGUCUGUUUUUUGUCAUUAAUAUUGUUUAUUCCUGCUAUAAGCUACCCCAGGCCAUGAUAAGCCAGUUUUGGGGGGCCCCAUGUGGGUUUUCAGUCUUGUUUUCCCGAACUGUUAUUGUUCUCAAGGAUGUGAUAUACCCCUUGUCAACAUUUUAAUGUUGAUUUGUGUCUUAUUAAAAUAAAGCACAUGGCCAGUCUUUAGUAAUUUUAAUUGAAUAUAAUUUUAUUAAUAUUUGCAUCAGCUAAAUAAUGGUACCUUAUUUGUACUGUAUGAAAACAAGAUUAGAUUUGAAUAAAUUCUUGAAGUGGUAAAUCAA